AUGCCCAUGCGUAGAAACGCUUCACCAGGCUUCAUAGAGCAGCUCUUCUCUCGGAUGGAAAUAGAAACGCGCAAUGCGCAUGCGUAGCAAGUGCUUAUUCAAAGCUGUUCAACACAAGAGCUUCAGACGGCAGUUUGCGAGGGAAGCGCGCUGGUAGCGCACACAAGCCUGACCAAGAACGGUUAGGAAUACAAUAUACAUGACACCCGUGAGAAGAGGAAUCCCAGUGUAAAAUGGAGGAUAGUUUUGAUUGCGACUGCGGUGAGCUGGAGCCACCUGAUCACUGAGAAGAAAUCAUCUCUCUGAGAUCAUCAACCCUUUCUGUUUCACAACAUCAGGUGCUUUAUACAAAGAAAAAAAAAAUAGUCGAUUUAUCACCAUUAACUUGGACCGUUAGUAAUGCUGCUGCUCAGGGCCGUUCAUACACUGAAAACUUCUGCACUGUGACGAUGGUUUUAUAGGUGAUGAUUUAUUUCAGUUACGUUCAGAGAUAUUUGAUUGGCCUCCAAAUUCAUUCCAUUUAACGCUGAAAUUGAAAGAAAAAUCUCCCAGAAACGACAUUUAAAAAGCUGCUAAGAAGUGCUGUGGAUGAUGAAUACGCUGUAACAGUCACUCGGGGGAAAACACUCAAGUCUUCGUAGGCUUGAGUGUUUGUCUCGUCUUUUUCGUUGUUAAGUUAGGUUUGCCUUUCUCAAUUAGCUCUAGUAGUUGCAACUCAAAAUCAGCUGCAUAUCAGUUCAAUCCGAAAUCCUUCCUGCUAUAAUAUCUGCACAGAGUUGCUCUUGUAGACCGCAAAAUGGCAGAGAAAUUUGAAAGCCUUAUGAACAUUCACGGCUUCGACCUGGGCCCGCGCUACAUGGACCUGAAGCCUCUGGGCUAUGGGGGCAAUGGACUGGUCUUUUCCGCCGUCGACACCGAUUGUGACAAGAGGGUCGCUGUGAAAAAGAUUGUCUUAACCGACCCUCAAAGCGUCAAACAUGCACUGCGCGAAAUCAAGAUCAUUCGCAGACUCGAUCACGACAACAUCGUGAAGGUGUUUGAAACGCUGGGGCCCAGUGGCCGGAGGCUCACAGAGGACGUGAGCUCUCUGACGGAGGUCAACUCCGUGUACAUCGUACAGGAGUACAUGGAAACCGACCUCUGUAAAGUACUGGAACAAGGCUUGUUGUCCGAAGAUCACGCACGGCUCUUCAUGUACCAACUGUUGCGAGGACUCAAAUACAUCCACUCUGCAAACGUGCUUCACCGAGACCUGAAGCCUGCCAACCUCUUCGUCAACACUGAGGACCUGGUGCUGAAAAUCGGGGACUUUGGACUUGCCCGUAUCAUGGACCCCCACUAUUCCCAUAAGGGGCAUCUGUCUGAGGGACUGGUCACUAAAUGGUAUCGUUCUCCUCGUCUGCUACUUUCCCCAAAUAACUACACCAAAGCCAUUGACAUGUGGGCCGCAGGGUGCAUCUUUGCUGAAAUGCUGACUGGAAAAACUCUAUUUGCAGGAGCUCACGAGCUGGAACAGAUGCAGCUGAUUCUGGAAUCCAUUCCGGUAGUCCAUGAGGAAGACAGAAUGGAGCUCCAAAGUGUAAUACCUGUCUUUAUCAAGAACGACAUGUCAGAACCACACACGCCACUUGCCAAGUUAUUGCCCGGUGUCAGCCCUGAGGCCUUGGAUUUUCUGGAGAAGAUCUUGACGUUUAACCCCAUGGACCGGCUCACUGCGGAAGAGGCUCUUGCUCACCCAUACAUGAGUGAUUACUCCUUCCCUUUAGACGAACCAGUGUCCUUGCACCCCUUCCACAUCGAGGAUGAGGUGGAUGACAUCUUGCUUAUGGAUGAGAGUCACAGUCACAUCUACAACUGGGAAAGGUACCAUGAAAGUCAGUUUUCUGAUCAAGACUGGAACUUGCACAGCACCCAUGAACUGGAAGACGUGCAGCGUGAUCCUCGGGCUAUGUCAGAUGUCACGGACGAGGAGGAGGUCCAGAUCGAUCCACGGAAAUACAUGGAUGGGGAAUGUGAGAAGUUCCUAGAGGAUCCAUCGUUCGAUCUUCCACCAGAGCGCUCGUGGCAACAAGAAGAUCACCAUGAGAACAAAUACUGCGACCAGGAGUGCAGCUACACUUGCAACUACAAAGCGGUGUCCCCGUCCUACCUGGACAAUCUGAUCUGGAGGGACAGUGAGGUGAAUCACUACUAUGAGCCCAAACUCAUCAUUGACCUCUCCAAUUGGAAAGAACAGCAAAGCAAAGAGAAGAACGACAAAAAAGGCAAGACCAAGUGUGAGAAGAACGGACUGGUCAAAGCCCAGAUCGCCCUGCAAGAGGCAUCUCAGAACCACUGCAUUGCCGAGAAGGAUCGCGAACAGGAAAAACACCAGAACCACAACCAGGGCUUCGACUUUGAUUCAUUUAUCGCCAGCACCAUCAAAAUGAGCCUUCAGCCAGAAUCUGAUGACGUUGACCUCCUGAAUGAGUUGAACACCUCCGUUUCCCAGCUGGACACCCGUGCUCCUUGCGGCUUCAUGUCCAAAUCCAUCAGUCAGGAGAAGGAAGAGAAGUGUCUAGUCAACCUGGCGCAGCUCGGCGUCCGAGCACCCUGUCCUUGGGAGAGUUUCACGGACAGUGACGUUACCGAGAGCAGCAUAAUCGACGAGGCUUGCUGGGACGUCCGCAAAGACGAGCAGCUCCAGAAGGAGAACAGCAGCUGCCAGAGCAGUUACUUAGACCGCCUCUUCAACAAGCGCGAGGAGGUGGAGUCUGAGAUCCCCGAACCUGUCGAGGAGUCCGCUCUGGAGGAUGACUUCAUAUCCUGCGGCGGUGAAAUCGUCUUUAACAUGCAGCUGGAGUCUCUGGCCAUUCCGAGGUUCGAGGGAGCGGGUGACAUUCCUCUGAAGUCCAUCCAGGCAACGUUAACGCCCUCUGCUGUUAAGCGCUCCCCACAAAUCGCCCAUAAAACCUACAGCAGCAUUUUCAAGCAUUUAAAUUAAACAAUCCACCCCGUUCAAGCAGAGUCCAACGUAUUUUUAUAGUUAUGCAUUUCUGUACUUGAAUAGUUUUUUUUUUACACACAUGGUUACUUUUUGAGGAAACAUUUCUUUUUUUUUUCUUUUUUAAGCCUGGAUUAAAUGUUAAUUCCGUUCAUAUAUUCAUCCAAAGUGCUGGACUGUUUUCCCUCACAUUAAAUGUUUUUGCCCUCUAAUUUUCAGUUUCAACUCCGAUAUUAUAUAUAUUUAAAAAGAAACUUAACGCCAUGACAUUUGCACACAGGGUACUGUAGAUUCAGAAACAUAUUACGGAAAGACAGAGGAACGACUGUUCAGUAGUGAAAUAGUUGGUUUAUACAUUUGCAAGCAAAGGAAUAGAGAAAAAGAGGGCAGAAUAAUGCACUAACCGUGUGAGAGACGCUGUCACUGAUAUCAUAUGACCUUCUGACUGACAUCCAAUAGGACUGACUUUCUCUUCCUGUUGUUUUUAAUUAAGGCUAAUGUAUAGACUUGACCUUUUCCACCUUUCCGUUUAAAAGCAGAGCCUUUUUGUAAUUUUGAUCAUACUGUAAACUUCCUCAAACGUGAUGCCAGCACAGCAAGCAUUAACCAUAGGUUUGCGAUGCGUUAGCUGUAGGUUUGUAAAGGCGUUAUCUACCUCAAGGUAACAGCAGAAGGUUCUGUCUCUCAACUGUAGUGCUUUAAAGAAACACAUGCCCUUUCAUCGAUGUAGUGCACAACAAUUUUUACUUUACAUUUUGCAUUUGCCACAGUGAAGUGUUAAGAUCAUUAUUUAUUUUAAGCAAAUGUAAGAUAUUUAUUUUAAGAACGUUGUAUUUUUUCAGUAUGAGGCAUUGGACUUCCAUUCUGGUCUGUUUUGGCGCGCUGUGUUUGUUUAGCUGUGGAUUAUCACUUAUCCGUUUGAGUUGUACAGAAAUUCAUGAUGUUGUCCCAAGUUCAACCAUUUGUUUUCAUAAGGAAUCACCUUAAGGAAUUUUUUAUUUUAUUUUAUUUUUUAAACCUGUAGGUGCUUUGUAUGAGUGGGAUACUGCUUUAUGGCAUUUUAUGCGCCUAAAAGUCUUAAUUUAUAUAUAUAAAAUUGUUAGAAAUUGUGCAUGGAAGAAAACCAAUGGAAGGUACAUUUAAAAUGAAGUUAAUGGUGAAGUAUAUUGUAUUAGUCAUUAAUUUUAUUUUAAUUGUAUGUUUUUAUGAACUUUUUUUUUUUUUUUUCAAGUGAGCAUGGUUGAAUUAGGCUCAUAUAUAGCAUGUAGAACAGGUGUUUUUUUUUGUUUGUUUUUUUUUGAAGGGGGGGGGGGUAAUUUUGCCUUUAAAUGCUGGCUUCAUUCUGUUAUCAUUGGUUCCACUGUAAAAUAACUUCAAUAAAAUGGCCAGCAAGUGAA